AUGGGGCGGCGGCGGCGCCGGGCGGCCGCGGCUGGGGCCCUGCCCGAGGCCAUCGCCGCGCUGAGUCGGGCGCUGCCCGCCGGGCCCAGUCCCGAGACCUUCCGCCGCGCCAAGUUCGACCGUCCGGAGGCGGCCCCCGCGCUCUGGCAGCUGCUCUUCCGCGUGCUCUCGCCGCUGCAGACUGACCGCGCCUCGGCCUCGCUCGCCCCGGAGGCCCAAGCCCGCUGGGUGAAGUGCGCGCUGCUCUCCCAGGGCUACCCACGGCGGGGGCUGGCUCAGCUCCCCGAGGACGGCUCCGGGGGCAGCCGUGAGCUGCUCUUGGCUCUUUCCUGGCUCCUGGCCCGCGAGCCCCUGCUCGAGCGUCUGCUGGCCCAGACCCGCGUGCGGCUGGGCGAUGAGAUGCCUGUUUGUGAGUGUGAGGCCCUGGCCAGCCCUGGCCUGCCUGGACCACAGGUGGAAAUAGACUGCCCUGUGGACGUGCGACACCUGCAGUGGCUGAUGGGAAAGCUGCGGUUCCGGUGGCGAAACCUGAUGGCCAGUCAGCAGGAGCAGUGUGCCCUCCUGGGCAAGAUCCACUUGUACACUCGCGGCUGCCACAGUGACCGCAGCCUUGGCCACCUGUCUGUUGCCGAAACGGAGCUGCUCAGGGAUCCAGAGGGUGGCCAGCAGCUGCUGCGGAGGCUGCAGAGCGAGAACACCCGCCUGGAGGCGGCCCUGGAGUGGCAUCGCCGGGAGCUGGUCUUCUGGCAGUGGAUGGACACGGUCCUGGACGCCUGCCCCCCGGAGGCCUCGCAGCCUGCAUUUCUGCCCAGUCUCCGGGGGUGCGGGGCUGCUGAGUUGGAGUUGGUCGCCCGGGAGCUGCAGGCCCUGCAUGAGGAGCUUCGGGCGGCGGGGGAAGCCCGGCGGGCGGCCUGGGCGGCCAGGGUUGGAGACCUGGGGCCAGAGUGGAACGCAGCACAGCGGGCCGCACAGGAGGCCGUGGGUCGGGAGCUGGCGGCUCUGCGGCAGGCCUGGGAGCAAAGCGGGGGCCUGGUCCAGCCUCAUGGGCCCCACCGGCUCGUGCGGACUGAGGCUGGGGUGCCGGGGGGCCCCGGCCUGCGGGCUGCUGAGGUGAUUGGGGCACUGAAGAGCCGGGAGGCCUGCCUGGAGGAGACACUGCACCAGCUACAGGCACAAUGCCGGCAGCAGCUGGCCAGGCUGGCAGGAGCCCUGCCUGGCCUCAUCUGGAUCCCACCUCCCAGACGCUGAGGGCACCUGUUGUGGCCUGUCCCGGCCUUAGGUGGGCAGAUUCCACGCGGGGUGGCCAUAGGGUCGACGUAGAAGCAGUGUGCCAGUCUCUGGGCCCUGGGCCGUCCCGCUCUGGACAGAGCUCAGUCCCUCAGCCGACGGUAGUGGGAGCCGCAUGGGUGUCCCCUCUCAGGAGGUCAGGACAUGGCCAGUGUGGGCCCUGGGGUUGAGAGAGGGCUCAGAAGUGAAGGCGGAGACUCCCCUGCGGGGCCAGGCUGCUGGCUGUCCCUCUGCCACCCUUUCCAGUCUCUUUGGGGACAGGAGUGGGAAGGGGCCCCUGGGCAGUGGUGGCCAAGGCUGGGCCAGGCCAGAGGAGCCCAGUAGUUGGAGGGACAGGUGUGGCCUGUAGCACAGGGUGGUGCCAGGGCCCUGGGGCAGCCAAUGCCCUGGACCAAGCUCCCUGGCUGUCCCUCAUUCUGGCUGUCAUUGUGCCACCAGGGCCAUGCCUGUGCCU